GAAAGUAAUUAUAAUUUCUCAAUAUUUUCUCGACCUGACUGUUUCUGACAUCAUAUAUUGCUUGAGGCAUUUCGAUUCUGGGAGAAUGUCAACAUUACAGUUACGUGCUUGUUAUGUAUGUCCUCGUCGAAAAUCACUCCAUAAAUCUGCAGACGCUCAAUCUAAUUUUCGCGAUAGUAAAAGAUUAUUCAUUUAAAAAUUAUUCUAUCAUAAGUGCUUAAUCAAUAAAUCUAAAUUCAGAAAUAAUUUAAUUAGAGUGCGUGAAGAAAUCUAUACAAAUACUUGUCUCGCAAAUAGGUAGCAAAAAAGAGUGAAUCGAAGAAAAGCAGUCAAAAUGGGUACAGUAGAAUCUAGAUUGAAGGGUCAAGAUAAGGACGGCAAAUUUCAAGGAAAUUAUUCGAAAUCGAUACAAAAGUAUCUGAAAGGGGAGCAAAAGUGGGCGAACAUCCUGGAUAGUACAAUGGGAUGGAAACAUAUUCCAAUUUCAUUUUCUGUUCAAAUGCUAAGGAUAAUCCAGCAUCAUCUCACAUGGAUUUCACAUGCUAAAACCUGUCAAAAUGAAAAGAGUCCAGAAAAAAUGCCCGCAGAUUCGAAAUGCGUUUUCAAAAAUUGUAUAACAAUGAAAAAAGCUCUUAAGCAUAUCGAAUCUUGCAAAGCAAGUAAAACUUGUCCAUUUUCACAUUGCUACAUAUCCAAACGAAUCAUUCAUCAUUUGGAAACCUGUGAAGAUGAUAUGUGUCCUGUGUGUUUGCCUACAAAAUCAGAGUGUCAUCGGAAGGCUUGCGAGCUACUAAUUAAUAUCGAUGAUCCUCUCGAUGAUGAACAAAUUCUAUUAUCAAAUGAUGAGGUAAAAUCACAAAAAAAGGGCAAGGAAUGGCACAAGACUUUUCGUCAGGAAAGCAGAGACUACAUUGUUUACAACUUGACUGAAUCAACCAUUUCUAUUGCAAGUGCAACUCGUUUUUUGGAUUUGGAACCCAUUAUUCCUUAUUUGAUUGCUUUUGGAAAGAGAGUGGAAACUUUCUUUUACGCGCUUGCGGAUUCUAAAUUAGAAUAUUGUCAAAAUAUUGAGAAGAUAAUCAAAGCGAUAAAGCAACAGCCGCUUGGUAUUACACUUCCUAUUUUGGGCCAGUGUUUGGGCCAUUGGAAUGAAAAAGUUGGUAUUUUUGAUACAUACUCCACUGUAGCAGAGGCUGGUUCUUCAGAUGAAGAAUUGAAUGACAUGAAGCGGUUCCGAUUUUCCAGGCCUAUAGAAUUGCGAAAGGCACUUUUACCCACCUUUGAGAAAUUGAAUAAUCAGGAACCGGAGUCUUUACCGUUUAGGAAACCUGUUGAUCCCGAGGCCUUGGAGAUUACGGAUUACUUGCAUGUUGUUAAUAAGCCCAUGGAUUUGUUGACCAUAAAGCACAAAUUGGAUAUUUUGUUGUACACUGAUCCUUGGGAGUAUGUCGAUGAUGUCUGGAUCAUGUUAAACAAUGCCUGGAUAUACAACCCGAAAACCAGCAGAACUUACAGAUACUGCACUAAGUUAUCGGAGAUUUUUGAACAGGAAAUGGAUUGUGUAAUGAAAAGCUUGGGAUUUUGUUGUGGCAGAAAGUUCACUUUCAAUACUGAAGAACUUAGCUGUUACGCCUACGGAAAGCAUAUUUGUACAAUACCGAGAAAUGAGGUAUACCACUCUUAUCAGGAGAUUUACAACUUCUGUGAGAAAUGUUUCAAUGAAAUUCCUAGUGAUAUCGUAUUGCUUGGAGAUGAUCCUCCUGCACCUCAGAUUCCUGUCAAAAAAGAAGAGUUCGAGCUGAAAUUGAACAAUGGUUUGAAGACGAAAACACUCGUUUACUGCAAAGACUGCAAAAGAAAAGUGCACUCAAAUUGUGUAAAACUCACAAAUGAGGCAUCUCCACUAUUCACCUGUGAUGGCUGUCUGAAUGCGAUUAAAUCACUAAAGGAUGAUAAAAUUAAAUCAUAAUCUGAAAGAUUGGGAAAGAAAUACUUGGAGACUGUGUUAGUUAUUAUGUUGUUAUCAUCAAGUUAGUUUGUUAUUUUAUUAUAUUAUUACAUUAAACUAUUAAGAAUUAAGUGUUCUAUACCUGUAACUUAAAUAAUAAGUUACUAAUAAAUAUUAUGUUUGCAUUCUCUAUU